ACUUAUUCGAUCGCCGGGCGUUGGAAAGCACUAUGAGCUGUGAGGUGCACUACGAUGCCGCUUCGCGGACUUGGUUUGGACCGCGUGGCAAGGACUUCUACGGUCCGGAGAUGACCCUGGGCGAGGUCAUCAUGCGCGUGCUGCAGAUCAACGCCGAUCAGGUGAUGCAAACCUGCGAUCCCACGGGCCAGGAGCUCACCGGAGCCCAGCUGGCUCAGCAGAGUGCCCGCAUCGCACAGGCCUUCAAGAGAUUGGGUCUGCGGAGGGGCGAUGUCGUUGGCAUAUCGGCCAAUAAUUCGACGUAUCUAACCAGUGUGAUAAUUGCGGCUCUGCUCCGUGGCAUCCCUAUCAAUCCACUGCAUCCGGAGUUUACUGAGGAGACUGUCAAAUACAUGUACGACAUUACCGAGCCAAGGGUUAUCUUCUGCGAUGUAGAGAACUACCAUAUAAUAAAGACGGUCAAUGGAAAACUAAAAAGCCCGGCCAAGAUCUUUCUGGUCAAUGGAAAAUUAGAAGGAGUGCUUGACAUAAGUGUGCUCCUUAAUGAUGAUGAUUGCAUUACAGCAGCCGCGUAUCCUUGUCCAAAACUACAUGGCGAUCACACCGCAUUAAUUGUGUGCUCCUCGGGAACCACGGGAAUGCCAAAAGGCGUCACCCGAUCCCAUCGAAGUUUACUCUGUAAUUGCAAGAAUCCGAACACCUACACCCGGGAUAGCGUGCUGCUGUCGUUCAGUCCCCUCUACUGGAUAUCGGGAACCAUAAUUCUUCUGGCCUCGCUCCUCAACGGCUGUCGUCGUAUAAUCACCAAUCGUCCAUACAGUGUGGAGUACCUGCUCCAACUGGUGGCGAGACACAAGGUGACCUUCCUGUUCCUGGCCUCCCAUCAGAUUGCCCUGCUCUCCAAGCAUGACAGUGAUGUGAUGGAACUAAAGGCCCAGCUCCAAUCCAUACGGGUUCUGAUUGGAGCUGGAUCCAAAGUGUGCAAGGCGGUGUCUCGCAGGAUGUACGAGUUGAUUGGUAACCAGAGAUUCGUUGUGGGCUACGGGCUGUCCGAGAUGGGCGGACUGAGCAAAAACGUGGGUGGACCAGUGGGUUGCGAUGGCAAGGUCAUGCGGAAUGUGGAGUUGCGGGUGCUGGACAAACUGAAGAUGCCACUUGGCAUCAAUGAAGUGGGCAUCAUCUACGCUCGUUUGCGGUUCAAGUGGGACGGUUACUACCGAAACCCGGAUGCCACUCGAAGAGCCCUCAGCUCCGACGGCAUGUGGUUCCGCACGGGAGACAUCGGUUACCUUGACAGCGAGGGCUAUCUGUACAUCCAGACCCGUGACACCGACGUCUUCAAGUUCAACAACUUCCAGAUCUAUCCCGAGCAGAUCGAGGAGUUCAUCCUCAGGUUGCCCGGCGUCAGUGAGACCUGUGUCUUCGGCAUACCCGACGAGGUGACCACCAAUCUCACGGCCUGUGCCGUAGUCCGCACCAAAAGUCCGGAAGGCGAACGCCUUACGGCGGAUCACAUUCGAAACAUUGUGGAGCGACACUUGAGCGGAGCCUACCACAUUCGGGGAGGUGUGUAUUUCCUCGACAGUCUGCCAAAAACACCCAAUGAUAAACUGCAGAGGCGAAAGGUGCUGGGCCUCGUACAGCAGCUCGAACUUAAAGCUGAAUAAAAAAUAGUUACCACA